UCCUUAAGCAUUUUUUCCCAUCAGACAAUCUUUACCCCCAAUGUCUCCCACCAGCAUGACACCACCAACGUCUCCCACUAGCAUGACACCACCAACGUCUCCCACUAGCAUGACACCACCAACGUCUCCCACCAGCAUGACACCACCAACCCAGUCUCCAGUGACCGAUGGGCCAAACAUAGAGCUCGAUUGGCCCUCAGACUCGGACUCAUCAACUCCUCCCAACUGGGGUUCCCAAAUUCCUUUAGACCCAGGUUUAUCGGAUAUCUCAGCUUUUUUAGAAAUUGAGUCUUUUUUUGGGGCCGAACUGAGUUUCGAGGGCCAUGGUCCAAAAAUUCAGUCUACAGGAGGAACACAAGAAUCCCUUCUAGUGGGGAGCUCCGGUCUUGCAGGUGAUGAUGUUGUGUCGAUUACCGCGAAACCUUUGGAUAUUUCAGCCCCAGAAAAUCCGGAACAUCAUACAAGCGUCGAUGUAGAAUCAUCGACAGCUACGGUGCAGACUCUUGAGGUAUGAUCUUAUAACAGACUUUGGCACUUUGAUACUAACUGUAUUUAAGGAGUACAUUCUUUCGCUACGGCAAAAGCUGGAGGGAGAGUUUUUUCCUACGAAUCAGAAGUCAAUAGAAGAGAGUAUGGAUGAGAUUUCCUCUGACCUGGGUCGAAUUGAGAAAGCCGGAACCAUACCACCUAGCAUCAUUCAGGAUACAAUGAUUAGAAGGUUACUGAGGAAAAUCAUGAAGAUAGAGAUGAUCCCGAGGUAUAACGAGCUUCAAAUCAAGGAACGAGUAAGCCGCUUGCUUACGAGUUGGGGUGAGCCUGCCACCCUCUCGACUACGCAAGCUCAAUCCAAGUCCGCCCCACGGCAGACGGUCAUUGAUCUUACUGGAGCGGACGGCGAUGACAAGUAUGUCACACCUCCCGGUACGCCGAAACCCGGGCUCUCGUCCUCUUCAAGCCUAAGUAAGUGUCCAUUUAUAUCUGAUAUUUGCUAGACUAAUAAUUGAUGACAGAUUCUGAUCCACCCAUCAGUACCGAGGCGAACUCACACCCUACACCUAAUGAGAAUCCCAACACCAAGAAGAGGAAGCGCUCUACAGGUUCUGACAAUUCAAGCAAACGUCGGCAACCUCCGCGAAAGACCACGGUCAAACAGCACUUGGCGGAUGAGAUACAUCACAGCAGUCAGUGGUUAGCAGGGAUGGAAAAGAGCAUUCAUGAUUGUGAAGCAGACUUAGUUGCUAUGGAUGAAAAGAAGGCGAUAUUUCUCGCAAAGAUUGAAGAAGUGAGGAAGGAGGUUAUACGGCGGAAAAAUGAGUUCAUCGAGUUAAAGAAUAGCAUGGUGGCCUGGGGUGCCCGCAAUGAAGGGGUCUCACAAGAAUGGAAAUCACGGUAGUUUUUUAGGUCAUCUAUUGAAUGAUACUGUAGUUGGAAAUUUUAGCCUUCUCUUCUUCUAAAUUAGAGAUAUA